AUGGGGUUUGAAUGUGAUGAUUUUUCUUCUGGCUACUCUUCCGGUAACGACUCGGAUCACGUAUCUGUGACGUCAUAUGAUUCACUGACGACAAGUGUCACAUCGUCGUCUGUGGACAGAGUAUCCCCACCUCAAACCAGUCUUUAUCUCGAAUCACAGUUUCAAAGUGCGCAUGCGUUGUGUGAGGAUAUGCAAAUAAUCCUCGCGAUGCCCGAGAUGUGUGACGUCACGUUCCUAGUCGGAGCACGUGAAGUACCCGUUCACGGAUUGAAAGCAGUUAUGGCAUCUAGAAGCAGAAUUAUGUUUGAGCUCAUCCAAAAACACAUACACCUCAGAAUAAGCGAGCAAUCAAAAGUCACCAAAACUAAAAAGAUCAAAGGCAAGUCCCCUGUCGGACUUUCUCAGCUUUCAUCGGAGAAACUGAAGAUCCCAAUUACGAACUACGACGCCGAAGUGUUCCGAUUGCUGGUUGAGUUCAUUCAUUGCGGGGAGGUCAACAUUAAUGAAGACACAGUAGCGGGUCUAUUCUGCGGAGCAACUCAGUUUGAAGUUCCGGAACUUCCCGGGGCCUGUCUGGAUUUCGUUGAAAGAUGUGUAAAACUGCGUCGCACUGAGAAUAUCCGAUUUCACGCAGAGUGCUUCAAGUUUAAUGCGGCCGCCAAGACACUUCUAGAUAAGGUUUGA